AUGAGCGCGGAAUCGCCGAAGGCGUUUACCGGCCGAGAGCACGUCAAUGCCCUUAACUUUGCGUCCACAUUGCAAUCAGACGAUGCCGGCAGGCGCUUGUUGCCAGACCGACAGCUCGACUUGGGUCAGCCAGGAUGGAUGGGUCUGCGGCAUGAAUGGGUGAUCCUUUUUCAAUGUGUACUUUGUCUUCUGCUCUUGGAUUUUUUGGUGCUGCGGAAAGUGAAGUCCAACGUUCGCAAUCAUGUGGCGUUGACAGUGUUCUGGCUGAGCAUCGGCAUGCUCUACAAUGUGCACAUCUGGUACUUGUAUGGUGCAGAUCAGGCAAUUUAUUGGUUCAGCGGCUUCUCCCUAGAAUGGAUGCUUUCCAUGGACAAUUUGGUGGUGUUCAGCCUCAUCAUGACGACAUAUCGCGUGCCGCCAUCCUUGACUCGCAAGGCUCUGUUUGUUGGCAUCGUGGGUUGUGUCCUCAUGAGGCUUGGCUUUUUUCUGAUUCUGGAAGACGUGCUCAAACACGAGAAGGUCCUGCAAGUUGGCAUGGGCAUAGUGCUAAUGGCCAGCGGAGGCAAUGCCAUGUUCGAGGAAGAUAAUGAAGGUGACAUGGUGGACACCUACGUGGUGCGAGCAACGAAGGCCUGUCUUGGGAAUAGGUUGGAAGAGAGUUACGACACCGAGAAUCACAGGCUUUUCGUAUAUCGAGAUGGCAAAUACAAAGCCACUUUGUUGGUCUUUGUCAUCAUACUCUUGGAGUUCACUGAUUUGAUGUUUGCACUUGACAGUGUCAGUGCAAAAAUUGCAGCAGUGCCGAAUCAGUUCAUUGCCUACAGCUCUACUGUCAUGGCAGUCUUCUCUCUUCGUGCCGCAUUCUUCCUCGUGCAUGACCUCGUGCAGCAAGUCGAGGCGUUGAAGUAUGGAGUAGCUUUCAUUGUCGCCUACAUCGGCGUCCAGCUGAUUCUGUCAACCUUUCGAUACGUUCCAGAAUGGAGCACGUGCGUGGUGUCGAUGCUCGUUGUGCUGACUUGCCUCGUGGCUCGAUGCUUGCAGAGCAGGCCCAAAUCAGCAGGACUUCCAGAUAAAACCCGAUGA